AUGGCACAUCUGGAGUUGGUGGUGGGGAGUUGAGACUUGAGCCUGGAGUCGGAUUGUUCUGGAAGCCUUGAUCGAUUUGGCGUGUGUCUUGUGGAGUACUACUGAUUGUAUCUUAGUGGCCAUCUCGCACGGCUUCUGCUCUAUCAGGGACGACUUUGUGCUUAGGACUUGACCUAGCCUUUCGAUUUGAACCUCCAUCAUGUCGACCAUGGCCUCGACUUUGAGUUUGGCGGGCGAGCGUCGGACGGGCAGCGAUGUGCGGACCCAGAACGUGUUGGCCGCCUCCACCAUCUCCAACAUCGUGAAAUCCAGUUUGGGCCCGGUGGGCUUGGACAAGAUGCUGGUGGACGACAUCGGGGACGUGACCAUCACCAACGACGGCGCCACCAUCCUCCAGCUGCUCGAGGUCGAGCAUCCAGCCGCCAAGGUCUUGGUCGAAUUGGCUCAGUUGCAAGACGAAGAGGUGGGUGAUGGCACCACCUCGGUGGUGAUUGUGGCCGCCGAGUUGCUCAAGAACGCCGAUGAACUCGUCAAGCAAAAGAUCCAUCCCACGUCCAUUAUCGCCGGAUUUCGACUGGCUUGUAAAGAAGCCGUGAAGUACAUUCAGGAGCAUCUCUCCUACUCAGUCGAGUCGCUGGGCGCCGAUUGCUUGAUCAAUGCCGCCAAGACGUCCAUGAAUUCCAAGCUGAUUGGCGCGGACUCUGACUUCUUCGCCAAGAUGGUCGUGGAUGCAGCCAACGCCAUCAAGACCUCGGACGGCAAAGGCGGCCACUUGUACCCCAUCAAGGCCGUCAAUGUGCUCAAAGCCCAUGGCAAGAGCGCCCGCGAGUCCAUGCUCAUUGAGGGUUAUGCCCUGAACUGCACCAUUGCCGCGCAACAAAUGCCCCGCAUUGUCAAGAACGCCAAGAUCGCCUGUCUGGAUUUCUCGCUCCAGAAGGCCAAGAUGAAGAUGGGUGUCCAAGUUCUGGUCACGGAUCCCACAAAGUUGGAAGCCAUCCGCGAUCGCGAGUAUGACAUCACCAAGGAACGUAUCCAAAAGAUCCUGGACGCCGGAGCCAACGUCAUUUUGACCACGGGGGGCAUCGAUGAUCUCUGUCUGAAGUAUUUCGUGGAGGCCAAGGCCAUGGCCGUGCGACGGUGCAAGAAGGUGGACUUGAAGCGGAUCGCCAAGGCCUCGGGCGCCACUUUCGUGACCAGCUUGGCCAAUUUGGAAGGCGAAGAGUCUUUCGAGGCCUCCAUGUUGGGCGAGGCCGCUUCGGUGGCUCAAGAACGCAUCUGCGACGAUGAACUGAUCAUCGUUCGGGGCACCAAAGCUCGCACAGCCUCGUCCAUCAUUCUGCGAGGACCCAACGAUUUCUACUGCGACGAGAUGGAGCGAUCCAUUCAUGACUCACUUUGCGUUGUGAAGCGGGUCAUGGAGAGCAAGAACGUGGUGGUGGGCGGAGGAGCCGUGGAAGCUGCCCUCUCGAUCUACUUGGAGAAUUUUGCUACCACUUUGUCGUCCAGAGAGCAAUUGGCCAUUGCCGAGUUCGCCAAGUCAUUGCUGGUGAUCCCCAAGACCUUGGCUAUCAAUGCGGCUCAAGACGCGUCCGAGUUAGUGGCCAAGCUGCGAGCUUACCACAAUUCUAGCCAGACCAAGGCCGAGCAUGUCGACCUCAAGAACUGCGGACUCGAUCUCUAUGAAGGUGCCGUCAAAGACAAUAAAAAGAUGGGUGUGUUCGAACCUGCCAUUUCCAAGGUGAAGAGCUUGAAAUUCGCUACGGAGGCAGCCAUAACCAUUUUGAGGAUUGACGACCUCAUCAAACUGGAGCCCGAGCAAGGCGAAGAGAAAUCCUACCAACAAGCCUACCAAUCCGGUCAAUUGGAUGGUUGAUCUGGGCCCGUAUCCUCCCAAAGAUCUGCCCCUCGUCCCUCCGUUUCUAAUAUCGUCAUGCACGACCCUGGUUGGAUGUUUCUCUUCAAUUAAUGAAUCAUUUUUGCUAUGUCUCUCUGCUACAAAACAACUUCACGACUUUUCUGAAGAUAAAUACUCGCUAACACCAGAAA